CGAGGCGGCUCUGCGGACCGAGCUCCUCUGCUGCCUUCCUCCUCCUGCGAGUGCCCAGAAGGCUCCUGGUGGCGACGCUGCCCAGGGUGGGAGGCGCGGCCCCGCGGCGGCGGAGCCCUCGGCGCGGCGCAGCCAGCUCUCCCGCCCGCGCGGCGCCGUGACAGGUGCAGGGUCCCCCGCCCGAGACCCACCUGCAGGGGCUGUCGUGAUGCCCACCAUGCGGAGAACAGUGUCGGAGAUCCGCUCUCGUGCGGAAGGUUACGAGAAGACAGAUGAUGUUUCAGAGAAGACCUCGCUGGCUGAUCAGGAGGAAGUAAGAACCAUAUUCAUCAACCAGCCUCAGCUGACAAAAUUCUGCAACAAUCACGUCAGUACUGCAAAAUACAACGUGAUCACAUUCCUUCCAAGAUUCCUCUACUCUCAGUUCAGAAGAGCGGCGAAUUCGUUCUUUCUCUUUAUUGCCCUGCUCCAGCAAAUUCCCGAUGUGUCACCAACAGGUCGUUACACAACACUGGUUCCUCUCUUAUUUAUUUUAGCUGUGGCAGCUAUCAAAGAGAUAAUAGAAGAUAUUAAACGGCACAAAGCUGAUAAUGCUGUGAACAAGAAACAGACACAAGUUUUGAGAAAUGGUGCUUGGGAAAUUGUUCACUGGGAAAAGGUAAAUGUUGGAGAUGUAGUUAUAAUAAAAGGCAAAGAGUAUAUACCUGCUGACAUUGUCCUUCUCUCAUCAAGUGAACCCCAGGCCAUGUGCUACAUCGAGACAUCCAACUUAGAUGGUGAAACCAACUUGAAAAUUAGACAGGGCUUGCCAGCAACAUCAGACAUCAAGGACAUUGACAGUUUGAUGAGAAUUUCCGGCAGAAUCGAGUGUGAAAGCCCAAACCGACAUCUCUAUGAUUUUGUUGGGAACAUAAGGCUGGAUGGACAUGGCACUGUCCCCCUGGGAGCAGACCAGAUUCUUCUUCGAGGUGCUCAGUUAAGAAAUACUCAGUGGGUCCAUGGGAUAGUCGUCUACACUGGACAUGACACCAAGCUGAUGCAGAACUCCACAAGUCCGCCACUUAAGCUCUCCAAUGUGGAACGGAUUACAAAUGUACAGAUUCUGAUUUUAUUUUGCAUAUUAAUCGCCAUGUCUCUUAUCUGUUCUGUGGGCGCGGCCAUUUGGAACCGAAGGCAUUCUGGGAAAGACUGGUACCUCCAUCUACACUAUGGUGGCGCUAGUAAUUUCGGGCUGAACUUCUUGACUUUCAUUAUCCUUUUCAACAACCUCAUUCCCAUCAGCUUGUUGGUUACAUUAGAAGUGGUAAAAUUUACCCAGGCAUACUUCAUAAAUUGGGAUCUUGACAUGCACUAUGAGCCCACAGACACUGCAGCAAUGGCCCGGACAUCUAAUCUGAAUGAGGAACUCGGCCAGGUUAAAUACAUCUUUUCUGACAAAACUGGGACCCUGACGUGCAAUGUAAUGCAGUUUAAGAAGUGCACCAUCGCGGGCGUGGCUUAUGGGCAGAACUCGCAGUUUGGAGAUGAAAAAACAUUUAGUGACUCAUCCCUGUUGGAGAAUCUCCAGAAUAACCACCCAACCGCACCUAUCAUUUGUGAAUUUCUCACAAUGAUGGCAGUCUGCCACACAGCUGUACCAGAGAGAGAAGGCGAGAAGAUCUUUUAUCAGGCGGCGUCUCCAGAUGAGGGAGCACUGGUCAGAGCUGCCAAGCAGCUGAACUUUGUCUUCACUGGAAGAACUCCGGACUCGGUCAUCAUAGAUUCACUGGGGCAGGAAGAAAGAUAUGAAUUGCUCAAUGUCCUAGAGUUUACCAGCGCUAGGAAGAGGAUGUCGGUGGUGGUUCGCACUCCCUCCGGGAAGCUACGGCUUUACUGCAAAGGCGCUGACACAGUAAUUUAUGAACGACUUGCAGAGACUUCAAAGUACAAAGAAAUCACCCUAAAACAUUUAGAACAGUUUGCUACAGAAGGGCUGAGGACUCUGUGUUUUGCUGUGGCUGAGAUUUCCGAGAGUGACUUCGAGGAGUGGCGGGCUGUCUACCAACGAGCAUCCACAUCCGUGCAGAACAGGCUGCUGAAGCUGGAGGAGAGCUACGAGCUGAUUGAAAAGAAUCUUCAGCUACUUGGAGCUACAGCCAUCGAGGAUAAAUUACAAGACCAGGUGCCUGAAACUAUAGAAACUCUCAUGAAAGCUGACAUCAAAAUAUGGAUCCUGACUGGGGACAAGCAAGAAACCGCCAUCAAUAUUGGACACUCCUGCAGACUUCUGAAGAAGAACAUGGGGUUGAUCGUUAUAAAUGAAGGCUCCCUUGAUGGAACCAGGGAAACUCUCAGUCGCCACUGUACCACCCUUGGGGAUGCCCUUCGGAAGGAAAACGAUUUUGCUCUUAUCAUUGAUGGGAAGACCCUCAAAUACGCCUUAACCUUCGGAGUGCGGCAGUAUUUCCUGGACUUAGCUCUGUCGUGCAAAGCCGUCAUUUGCUGCAGGGUUUCUCCUCUUCAGAAGUCCGAGGUUGUUGAGAUGGUUAAGAAACAAGUCAAAGUCGUCACACUUGCGAUUGGAGAUGGAGCAAAUGACGUCAGCAUGAUACAGACGGCCCACGUGGGGGUUGGGAUAAGUGGCAAUGAAGGUUUGCAGGCAGCCAACUCUUCGGAUUACUCCAUAGCUCAGUUCAAAUAUUUGAAGAAUCUGCUGAUGGUUCAUGGUGCCUGGAAUUACAACAGAGUCUCCAAGUGCAUCCUGUACUGCUUCUACAAGAACAUUGUGCUCUACAUCAUUGAGAUCUGGUUUGCCUUUGUCAAUGGCUUUUCUGGACAGAUCCUCUUUGAGAGAUGGUGCAUAGGACUUUAUAAUGUGAUGUUUACAGCCAUGCCUCCCUUAACCCUGGGGAUAUUUGAGAGAUCGUGCCGAAAGGAGAACAUGCUGAAGUACCCUGAGCUGUACAAAACGUCUCAGAACGCUCUGGACUUCAACACCAAGGUUUUCUGGGUUCAUUGUUUGAAUGGCCUCUUCCACUCAGUUAUUCUGUUUUGGUUCCCACUAAAAGCCCUUCAGUAUGGCACAGUAUUCGGAAAUGGGAAAACCUCAGAUUACUUGCUUCUGGGAAACUUUGUUUACACUUUUGUAGUGAUAACUGUGUGUUUGAAAGCCGGACUGGAAACCUCCUAUUGGACGUGGUUCAGCCACAUUGCCAUCUGGGGCAGCAUCGCACUGUGGGUGGUGUUCUUUGGAAUCUACUCAUCUCUGUGGCCUUCCGUUCCCAUGGCCCCCGAUAUGUCUGGAGAGGCAGCCAUGCUCUUCAGCUCUGGAGUCUUCUGGAUGGGCUUGCUCUCCAUCCCCGUGGCGUCCUUGCUUCUGGAUGUGCUCUGUAAAGUCAUCAAGAGGACGGCUUUCAAAACGUUAGUGGAUGAAGUUCAGGAGCUCGAGGCGAAAUCUCAAGACCCCGGGGCGGUCGUACUUGGAAAAAGCCUCACGGAGAGGGCCCAGCUGCUUAAGAAUGUCUUUAAGAAGAACCACGUCAAUCUGUACCGCUCUGAGUCCCUGCAACAGAACCUUCUCCACGGCUACGCUUUCUCUCAAGAUGAAAACGGCAUCGUCUCUCAGUCGGAAGUGAUUAGAGCCUACGAUACCACGAAACAGAGGCCGGAGGAGUGGUGAUGAGGGGGCCCGAGCUACAGGCUCCGCUGUGUCUCUUAGGAGAGCUGUCACAAUCUAAGGUCUACUACCACCUGCUGACCAAUCCCAGUCUGCUCCACGGGGAGGAAGAGUGGAUCUGAGCUCAUCUCACAGCCGGACUUCAUGGACUUGAGCACUAUAUGAUUCUAGCCCCGUCGCCCUCAGAUGUUCUCAAGUCCCGGCUAAGGUUUUCUAAACCGGUACGGAAAUGACCUUGUGUCUUUGCCCGAGGGCUUUCUCAAAAACAAAAAACAAAAAAAAAAAAAAAAAAAAAAAAAAAAAAACGGGGACAGGUCAGUGUUCACAAGCUGUCCCUGUGGGGCUGUAACUAUCAGUUCAUUGGCUCAGCCAGCAGUCAAUCAACCAUUAAAAAAAAAAAAAAACUCUGACCCGGUAUUAAGGGGAGGUCUCUUGAUAUUCAGACUUCGAUUUCAGGCAAUGCUGAAACAAACCAGCAUUCUUGAACACUUCGCUCUUCUGAACACUUCUGAACUAGACAUUAAUAAGUGUUUGUGUCAAAAAGUGUCUUGCUAAGUGUUUGCCAAAGACGUUCGGUGUGUGUGUUUCUCACUCAGUAGUCAACUGCCCAGAAAUCUAAAAGGAAGUUUCCUCGCAGCAUGUACGAUCUGCAUGCUUGACUUUUCAAAUGUGAGCGUGACUUGCAAAAAUUGAACAUUUCCAGGCAUUUGUUACUAAAAUCUGUGAUGUUGCACCUUUGGCCUUACAACUGCUUCUCUGUCGAUUGUCUCUUUAUUUGUUCCAGUUGGAGGGACCUAUGUCCGUGUGACCCUUGUUAUAACACUGGUAUUUUUUUUAACUGUAUUGUCUGUCAUUUCUGAUGAACUUUAGACUCCUUUAGAUAUUCCUAAAAAUCUGGCUUCUGCUGUGUGUUGAAUGAUGUUACUUCGUCUUCAAUUUUUUUUCCCUCCUAAGAAAAUUAUGCUUACGUAUUUCUGUGGGAUUUCCCAAGCUUCUGUUUUGACGUCUGGGAUAAUCCAUCUGAUGAUGCAUGGGCUUUUUGUCAUGUGCGUAGGGCUCGGCUUUCGUCCUGUGUUCUGUUUGUCCUCACCGUGUGUUCCCACUGGAGAUGGGAUGUGUAACAGAGUUGGUGUGACAGUAACUACCCAUAUGCUUAAGCCUGAAAAUUAUUUCACAGUUCACUCGGCCAGCAAUUCCCAAAGUGAGUCACGUACCGCUUAUUGACACAAGACAUAUUAAGUGCAUUUGCCUUGUGUUAAGGAAACACCUAUUCUACUUCAGGAAACCGUCCAGUCAGUGACUACUUCUCACCGUGAAUAGGGCUUGCUGGUGCGCUUUCAAAUAGAUGUCCAUGCUCAUUUGUCUUGGCAUUUCCAUGAAAUCUCCUGACAAAUGCCUAUUUUGCUACCAACAAUAAAAGGUGAAGGGGCUGUUUAAAAACCACACCCAGUUUUCUACAGUUUUUACAGUAUUUUUUUCAUCUUCAAAGAUAAAGGGAGUUCUAGUUUUCAGAUACACUUCAGAGAUCGAAACAAACUCUUCUGCCUUUUAUUCAAAAGCCUGUUUGCCUUUAAGUGGGUUACCAGCAAAAUAGAGACUUUGAAACGUGUACGAGGACUGGCUUUGAGGAGAGGGAUUCUCCGAAUUACCCCCCCCCCCCAUUUACCUUAUUUUUCCCCUUUUUCUCAGUCUGGGUUUAAAAUCAGGCUGUGUUUCUUCCUCCUCUACAUGUGUAGCUAGUUACCAGUGUGUCUCCGCAUUCCCUACAAAUGAGGGGUUCUAAGCAUUCACAUAAUUCUAAAGGGGUGGAGUGGACAUAUCACAUCUCCAACCCAUCCUGUUGGAGCUGAGAUUAAGCAACCCGUGAAUCAAGACACCUAGCAGAACUGCACGUAUAGAAUCUCUAAGGUGAUCUUUCACCUUGUAAAGCUGUAGACUUUAACCUUCUACCAACUAAAUCUGGCAAGUGGGUUUUCCUCAGAGGUGACAGUUGAGGUCACACCACAGACAUGAAUGGCUAUCCAGGGAUGGCGUCCCUUUGCCCUCGCUAUUAGAAGCAUCUGGUCUCCAGAUUCCUCCCAUCAGCACAUUGUGGGUGAGAAUGCAGUGUUCUGACACCCGCGUGGAAAUCGAAAGUCUUCUUUUUAAUCUUGUAUCACGAAUUAUUUCGAUGGGACUCCUCCACAUGAUAUUCCUCAUGGUUAAUCAGUAUACAGCAUUUCCUGAAAUGAAACUCUGUAUUCCCUUUCAUUCCCGCAUCCUGUGUUUAAACGAUGGGCAUCAAGUCAGUCUCCCUGUUCCUUAGGCUGGGGAGAGCUGGGGAGCAACUGCUUGGGUGAAACUUGAAACAGAGAGUUGCUGAUGUGGUGAAUUUAUAGAGACUUGAUACACCAGAGUUUCUAACCAUUGUUAGGUGGGAGAAAAGUUCAUGGUUUUACUGGGAUUUAAAAGACUACAGUCAAAGUGACUUUAAACCUAUAUUUUCUCAAAGAAACAAUAUGUAACUCCACCUUAAAAAGUCCCCUUUAGGGACUUUAGUAAAUGCUGACAUGACUGCUUUGUAAUGUUUACAAUCCAGAAAAGACUAUUUAUAGCAGAAAAGCCUCAUUACUUUAGCAUCGAAAAGCUGGGAGUUUCUUCAUUCCUGCUGGAAUAGACCCAGGAAUAUAUAGCAUGGAUUCUCUAUGUGCUAGAUAUACAUGUAAAAAUGCAUUGGUGCCUUGCACCCUGAAAGAUGCUAUACUGUAGAAGGUAUUAGCAGGAAAGCAGUGUUCUCAGGAAUGUGGGAAAUUUGAACCUAAUAAGUGUGCUUCUUGGCUGGCACUCCCCUCAGCACUCAACUUGAGAUGGCAUCAGCAGCAAAGAGAACUUGCUGGAAAGCUUUCUCACAGGCAGAUUAAGGGAUACUGCCAGCUAAGGGAGCCAUGAAUUGUGUUGUCAUUGAAGAGAAUCAGUCAGGCUUUUCCUUCCCAACAGGCAGAAUGAAUUCUAGAAACGAUCAGCAUGUCAUCCCCACAUUAAUUAUAUAUUCUGAUUUUUCAAUUCAGUACCCCAGAGAGCUGGGAUGAUACUCACAGGUUAAUUUGUGCUACACUUAGUGCCACGCUCAUACGCUGCCAUUGAAAAACAUCCUUUCAGAAAAGGAACGCUAGCCAGAGAGCCAUAGAGAGGGACAUCCUCUUAGAACAGCAUGGAGCUUUUGCAACGCUACCUGUUCAUCUUGUGGCGGGUUUUUUGAUGGCUCUGGGUCUUAAAACUGUUUCAUGAAAUGAAUCUUUAGUCUAAUAAGUAAACUACAAAAGUCAUCAAGAAAGUGUCUCACUCAUGCACGCUGUGGUGACCACGUACGUGGAAUUCCUUCUGUCCGUUGCUCACAGUAACCCCAGGUGACUCCGUGCCUCAUAAAUGCUUUUUAAUGAUGAGGAUUUCUGGAUGGCCUCUUAACCAUACCAUAGCCUGAUAAUAAAGCACUUGUGAAACUCA